UUUCUCCCUGUCCUGACGGCUACGAACUGGAAUUCGCGCCAUUAGUAAGGACACAUCGAUCCUUCAAAACUUUAAAGUCCUUUUGAGAUAUUAAAGUUUUCUUGACCACGAGUGAGAUAAAAUAAUGUCGGUGGCUGCUGAGGAUACAAAUAACUGUGGAGCCAGAACCCAGAAGAAGCCAGGAGGAUGGAAGGCCAUGCCUUACAUUCUAGGAAAUGAAGCGUUUGCAAGCUUGGGAUGGAACGGGAUGUUUGCAAACUUUCUGGUGUACCUGACGAGAGAACUUCAUAUAGACAUGGUUGAUGCUGCCAAUAUGAUGAGCAUAUGGUAUGGGCUCUCCAACUUCGGACCUCUCAUUGGUGCCUUCAUUUCUGAUGCCUAUGUGGGUCGCUUCAAGACCAUAGCUUUUACUUCGCUUCCUAAUCUUCUGGGAAUGAUGGUUGUGACACUAACGGCAUGGUUGCCAGAGUUACAUCCUCCACCAUGUACACCUCAACAACUAACACUAAACCAAUGUGUGAAACCCAGCAAGACCCAUCUUCUUGUUCUGCUUCUGGGAUUUCUCUUAUUGGCCAUUGGCUCUUCUGGUAUAAAGCCUUGUAGCAUCCCGUUCGGCGUCGACCAGUUCGACGCGUCGACGGAAGAAGGAAGGAGAGGGAUCGUCAGCUUCUUCAACUGGAGCUACACCAUAUCGUCUCUGGUUUUUCUGGUCACUCAAACUGUGGUGAUCUAUGUUCAAGAUUCUGUGAGUUGGACUCUAGGGUUUGGGAUCCCCACUGUGUGCAUGUUCUUGGGUCUGGUCUUGUUCUUUGUUGGUACGAGGAUUUAUGUUCAUGUGAAACCACAGGGGAGUAUAUUGUCUGGGGUUGCUCAGGUUCUUGUUGCUGCUUAUAGAAAGAGAAAAGUUCAGCUUCCUAAUAAUUUUGGUGAAGAUGAUGACAUUGGAAGAGUCUUCUAUGAUCCUCCUUUGAAGGACGGUAGUAUCAUCGUGACAAAGCUGCCUUUGACCAACCAAUUCAGGGCAUUAAACAAGGCUGCUUUAAUAAUGGAAGGUGAGUUGAACACAGAUGGAAUCCGAGUAAACCCAUGGAGACUGACUAGCAUCCAGCAAGUAGAAGAAGUGAAAUGCCUCGUCGGAAUCUUACCAAUUUGGGCAACUGGAAUCUUCACCCUAACCUCAAUAAUACAACUAGGAAUCUUCACAAUAUCUCAAGCCCUAAAAAUGGACAGAAACCUCGGACCCCGCAGGUUCCAAAUCCCCGCAGCUUCAUUCUCAGUUAUCUCCUUCCUCACCAUCGGCCUCUGGGUCCCCAUCUACGACCGAAUCCUCGUACCAUCACUUAGAAAAAUCACACACCAUGAAGGAGGCAUCACGUUGCUUCAACGAAUCGGAAUUGGCUUGUUGUUCUGUGUCGUGUCCUUGGUCGCGGCAGGGUUCGUGGAGCGAGCUAGAAGGGGUUCGGUUAACCCGAACCCGAACCCGACGAUGUCUGCGAUGUGGCUAGCCCUGCCGUUGAUCCUGAUGGGUCUCUGUGAGGCGUUUAGUGGGAUUGGAAUGGCUGAGUUUUUGAAUAGGCAAUGCCCAGAACACAUGAGAAGCAUUUCGAAUUCAUUGUUGAGUUGUUCUUGGGGUGUGGCGAGUUAUGUAAGCAGCUUCAUGAUCACAAUAGUUCAUCGGAGGACGAGUUGGUUAGCGAAUGAUUUGAAUGUUGGGAGAUUGGAAUUGUUUUACUAUCUUAUUGCUGGGCUUGGAGUUUUGAACCUGGGUUUUUUCCUCUUCGUUGCUCAUAGGUAUCAGUACAAAAGUUUGAAGGUUCAAGAUGUUGAUAAUGAUGAUGAUGCUAAUGGUGAUGUUGAGUUAGUUGCAUCCAAAGCUUCUGUAUGAUGCUUAACUUCUACUCUCUUUCAAUGUUAAUUUUUUAGAAAUGUUUUUUUAUAACCGUUUUUAACAAAUG